ACUCACCCCCAGCAGCGUUGCCACCUUCAAAUGUUCCCUCGGAUGCUCCGACACCAGCCGUCAACGCGACCUCAUUUUCGGUGAAACGCGAGCCUAUCUAUAUCCUCUCUUCUCCACCGGAUACAUCUAUGUCUGAUCUGUUUUCUCCCCCUUCCUCGCCGCCACAACCUCCCCCUUCCUCGCCUCCACGACCCCGCCCUUCGCUUCUACAGCCACCGGAUCUGGGUUCGGUGGCCUCCUCUACGGGUCACCCUGGCCCGCGAAGCGUGCUGUAUUCAGGGAAUCUAGAAUUGACCAGCGUGCUGGAAGUAGUGAAGCGGCUCCUCGAGCGGUACUGCUACAGAGUUUGCCCAUUUAUCGCUUCCGCCGAGGAAAUGAUAGAUAUCAUCAAUCGGCUGUGGCCGGAGGCCAACAGACAGAAACGCUUAAAUGUUGACUUUAACUUGCAUAAAGUGCACAACAUUAAAUACAUCAAGUCUGGGUACUACAGCAUGCAAUCGAGCUGGAUCUCGAGUGCACGUAACACCAUCGCGGACUUGUACGAUCUCAACGAGUAUAGAAGCGCGGCUGAUCGUCUAGCCGCUGUCAAUGAAUUGCUUGAUCACGCAUUCAUCUACCGGGACAGCGAUCGCAGUUUGCCACUUGCGCGGCGUGUAACCCCGUUUUUUGCGAGCCAAAUUCCACGAUUCAUCCGGCUCCACUUUUUCAACAAGUCUCGUAUUCAUAAUGCCGGACUUCACGACUAGUUGCUUGACGAGCAACCUCCUGCGUUGAUAGUUUACGUGGUGACAGCCCUGCAUCACGCAUUGCAGGAGUGGCAGAAGAGCGAUGGAGAGCCCCCAUCGAGGCCAUCGACAAAGCCUGUCAAGGGUGCCAUGGGUAGUCGAUCAGCAGGGUGGACGUAUUACUUCAACAAG